AUGUCCCAACGCUACUUUGAUAGAGUAGAAACCCACUCUAACCCGCUAGUGACAAACGCAGCUAACUACGUUCCGAUAACAAACGUCGCGCCCUAUCUCCGUAGACCGCGAAAUGUUUUAAUAGAACCACCUCUAUCGCUCGAUCCAGUCGACCCAAGCGUCGCAGGCACAUCACUCAACGACACUACACCCACACUAAAUGGGACAAACACAAAUAGGACAACGAAUGGGACGCGUCGCACCCACAGACGGGCACGACGCGUUCUAGCUCAUACCGCGUACACACCAUACACCCGCGUUCCUGGACGGUUCUCACCGCCCAGACCAUCGACCGACACGAGCUGA